CAAAAACCGGCGGAAACCACUACCUUGAUAAAGGAGCUCCCCUUUGUUCUUUUAUUACGAAGCCAAGAUUUUCAGCGAAGAACGAUCCGUAGUGGAUCCGCCAUCGUCCUUCUAACCCUAGAAAGACUUGCCUCUCCUCCUAGUUACGGUCACAGCAAAAUCGAAUCUUUUUUUUGUUUCUCCUGCUGUGAUUUAGGGUUUGAAUUGUGCUUGGAGGUAAAGAGGGGAAAAGAUGGGUGAACGUAAAGUUCUGAACAAGUACUACCCGCCGGACUUUGAUCCGGCGAAGAUUCCACGGCGGAAGCAGGAGAGGAACCACCAGAUGAAAGUCCGGAUGAUGCUUCCCAUGAGUAUUCGCUGUGGCACUUGCGGGAAUUACAUCUACAAGGGUACCAAGUUCAAUUCCAGGAAGGAAGAUGUAAUUGGGGAGACAUACUUGGGGAUUCAAAUAUUCCGUUUCUAUUUCAAGUGUACAAAGUGCUCUGCUGAGAUCACAUAUAAAACAGAUCCAAAAAAUUCAGAUUACGUCGUAGAAUCUGGUGCAACAAGGAAUUUUGAACCCUGGCGUGCAGAGGAUGAGGAAGUAGACAAAGAGAAGCGCAAAAGGGAAGCCGAAGAAAUGGGAGAUGCGAUGAAAUCAUUGGAGAACAGAACUCUAGACUCAAAACAAGAAAUGGAUAUAAUUGCUGCUUUGGAUGAAAUGAAAUCUAUGAAGUCAAGACAAGCAACUGUCAGCGUGGAUGCUAUGCUUGAAGUUCUGCAGCGCUCGAAGGAGGACAAGGAAAGAAAGUUGAAUGAAGAAGAUGAAGCUCUUAUAAGAUCCAUAUAUGGGGGAUCAAGCGAAGGUUUUAUACGAAGGAUUAAUGACGAAGACCUCGAUGAUGAUGAAGAAUUAGCUUUUGACAUUCCUUCCAAGGGGUCUGAUUUUUUGUCGAAGAGGGCAAAACUGGAUCACGAACAAGCAAGCAACCCAACUGAUGAAUUAAUAAAAAGUAAUCCACUUGGAAAAGAUAAAGUUGAUGUUCCUGGCUCAUCAAAUGGGAAAAAGUUUCUUUUCAAGUCUUCAACCGUGACAGUUUCUGUUAAGAAGAAAGAAUCUUCUGCUUCUACUGUUUCAAAUGGCAACACGAAGAAGGAAGGUGAUGAAGUUAAGCAAGAGACGGUCGAAAAUUCAACCUCUGGAAAUGGACUGCAAUCAUUGUUUCAACAAUAUGAAAGUGAAGAAGAUGACUAGUUGUACAUUUUGUAAUGUUUAUUACUUCUUAUAGGAGGAACACCUGUUACUAGACUUCCAAUGGUUUAGUACGGAUUCGGAAUCUCUGAUCAAGCAACCUCAUUGCAGAAGACAUUCCCCCUAGCUGGGUGAUUUCACAAUAGUUCCCAGUAUGGAAAAGGAAAUAGCAGUUGUUAAGUUACGGUUGCUUGAUGAAACAAUGUAUUGUGCCCCGCUUCAAUUUUUAAAAAAGAAGUUUGCUUGGACGUAAAACAUGAAAAAAUUUCUCCAGAUUCAGUUGAGGAAAUCUGCCAUUUAUCUUACCCAUCAAGUUUGUACUGUAAUUCUUCUUCCUUUAUAAUGCUGUGUUUUUUUGCAUAUGUUGUCCAAUUCACAAUUCCUGUAGCUGCAUAAACCUGGAAGAUUCACCUUAUUCCUCAUUAUGUAAUAUGUACUCUAUUCCCUCUGUCCC